CUUUCUUUGUAUUAUCGUCUGCCUUGUACGUCAGACGGAAGGUUAUUCAUGUCGUCUUAAUUUAUAAAUUAUUAUUGUAGUUGUGAACUUUAGGCAAUUUUGUUAGUGCAUCAAACAUGAAAAUCUGGACUUCAGAACAUACUUUCAACCACCCCUGGGAGACGGUUGCGCAAGCAGCUUGGCGCAAGUACCCAAAUCCCAUGAACCCGGCCGUGUUGGGGACUGAUGUAGUGGACCGACAUGUGGCCAACGGGGUCCUAUACACUCACAGACUCGUAAGCUCCAAGUGGGGUAUUCCAGGCUGGGCUCAGAGAAGUUUGUUGGUGGGCCCGUCAAACAUUUGCUAUGCCAGUGAACAGUCACUUGUGAAUCCCUCAAGCAGACAUAUGGAACUCAAGACCAGAAAUCUGACAUUCGGCAGAUUCAUCGCUGUAGACGAGACUCUGAGUUAUCAGCCGCACCCUGAGGACAGAGACAAGACUUUGCUCAAACAGGAAGCUGUGGUUACAGUGCAAGGCAUUCCACUCAACAGCUACAUGGAAGACAUCCUCACUAACACCAUCAUGCUAAACGCCAACAAGGGCAGGCAAGCAAUCGAGUGGGUUAUUGACAUUAUCGAAAAAGAAGUCGCUGAUAUCAAAAUUACUGCAGCCAAGGGCACAGAUGAACUCAAGAAAUCACUCUCACAAGCACGGAAAUCGAUGGACGAAUUUUCAACAAACGCAAAGAAGACACUAGACGACAUACAUAGUUUUACGAACAAUUCCAGUGGGAUUCCAGAGUUUUAGCAGAUCUUUCCCCCACGCAUAUUCAACCUCGAUAUUAUCAAGAAAUUCUUAAUUGUGAUACACCUAAGUCAUCUCUCAGUAUUGAUAUUGAUGUUUCUUUUCCGGCGAUUUUAAUCUUCUAUCAUCCUAUCUCACUGUUAUAUUGUUAGAAUAAAUUAUGUGUAUUUAUUGACCCCCCAGCAUUUCUGAUUUGACAGCCACCUAAUGCUUAGUUAGGCCCCUAGCUUAGAGCCAGCACUUUUGUAUCACGGAAGCAUUGGUUGGAACCAGUGCUGUUAUCUCUUCUGUUCUCCUUUGUAAGGAUCUCGAAUGUAAUGGUUACAUUCAGCUCGUCUCUAGAGAUGAGGGGAUUGCCUUAAAUAUAUGUAAAUAGAGUGGAUAAAACGUAUAUUUUUGAAGCGGUGUGAGCCCAAGUUGUAUUGGGAAUCAGCUAUAGACGUGGGUAUGACAUUGGGAAUCUUGCCUAAACCAAAGAUGUGAGAACCAUUAUACUAUCAAAGAAAGUAAAUGUAUGAACAAACACAUAAAUAUGUAAAACUGAAUAUUAUUUUAAAUUUUAAUUAAUAGAAAAAGUUAAACGUUCAAGAUUAUGAAAACAGUUGUCAUAUAAAACAGUUUCAGAGAAAAUUAUUUCAAUGUUGUAAUUUAUAAAUGUAGAUGUUGUGUGCCAUAUCAGAACAAGUUUAUUUUCUCUGUACACUGCGCUUUAGUGUGAACAAAGAGUGAUAAAUAUCUUUAAAUAAUUUACUAAAUAAAUAGAUACUUUAAAUGUGUCACAUGUAAGCACUCCAAUAAAUUUUGGAACGUAAAUGUCUAAGUUUAGGCAGAUUUUAGUGUAAAAAUCACAUUCCAAUAACUAUUUUAUCCUCAUUGACUCUUGCAAUUUCACAUAGUAUUAGAAAGUGGGAAUUACUAUUUUCGACCAAGAUGUUUUUGUAGAUGAUCGUAAGGAUUUUAAUGUUUGCCUGUUUUGUGUUGCUUUUUAUGUAACUGAAAGUUUAAUUUAAAAGUGUACUUUAAGAAUACAUUAAAAAUUAAAUCUUAACUUGUUAAAUGUGUUUAAAAUAUUCUAUCUGCAAAAUUCUGGAACAUUCUUAAUAUGCAUGAAUUUUUCAAUAUAAAAUGUAAGAUAUUUUUGACUGUUAAAACUAAAUUAAAUAUAUUGAUGGAUGAUUAGUACUUUAAGAUAUAAUAUAAAUUGAUAUCAAGAUUUUGUCUGAAAACACUUUGAGACAAGUGUUUCUAGUUUAUAAUGCUUUAAAAAUUAUUAUGUAGGAUCUGGCAAAGAGGUUUGUUUACAUCCAAUCACUAAAAGCUUUUAAUUCUAAAUUAAAAAUGAAAAAAGUAGUUAACUGCUUGCUUGUUUUUUGUGAGCGCGCUAUUAUACCAAGGAAUCUACUCGUUUAUUGAUAAAUACCAUCAGAGCUUUCUCCAGUUUAACGGAGAAUUAUUUAAGAUUUACUCUUAAUAGCAAGUCAUUAACCUGCAAAACAGUGAGUUAGUUCCUACUAAAUAAUUAUACAGAACUUGUGAAACAUAUUGUCAGUUGUUUUAAUUUAUUUAGAGUCAGUUCUAUCAGAUAUAUGUGAGUUUUGUUAUGAAAAAUAAAUUAUUGAAAUAAA